UGGCGUUCAUUUUCGUUUGUUUCAUUGUUUCAUUUGGUUCGCUUAUUUUGGUUUUUUGGCGUUCAUUUUCGUUUGUUUCUUUUCAUCCAUUGUCGCAUAAUGUACGCAUAAUGUAUAUAAUUAGCCGUGGUUCGAAUAAAAUUUUCUCAAUUAUUCAAUUAUCUUGAAUAAAAAUAUGACAACGACAAGUACUGAAACUCCAGAUGUCAAAGUAAUUUCAAAUGAUAGAAUCAUCGAAGAACUUAAUAAAUUUGAUAAUGAAUCUUAUAAAAAUGUAAGUCGUGUUUUGAAAAAAGUUAUUCAUGUCACUAAGCCAUCUAGUGAAAAGGAUGCGGCAAGUUCCGAGUCAUCUAGUGAAACGAUAGUGAUAAGUGACGAAGGAAACAUGAUGAAAAGUCACAUUGUUUGGUCAAUAACUUAUGAGUCCACUUCAGAAGGAACAAUAAAGAUUGUGAAAUAUCCUCCCCCUAAAGAUGAAAAAUAUAAUUUUAAAGAAGCCUUAGCAAAAGCUGUUGAUAUUGAAUUGGAUUCGGAAUUGAAACUUAGGAUGGCUAAUGAAGCCUCGGGAAAAAUUAGAGAGGUUGAUUUGCGUAAAAAAAAGACAGCUGAUGCUUCGGAGAAUGUUAAAGACAAAGUGACCGAGAAUGUUAAAGACAAAGUGACCGAGAAUGUUGAAGACAAAGUGGCCGAGAAUGUUGAAGAUAAUGUCAAAAAUAUAUUAUUAGUUGGUCGCACAGGUGAUGGAAAAUCCACAUUAGCUAACGUUUUAGUUAAUGCUGUUGACGAGAAUGGAAAGACCAAGCACUACUUUAAAGAAAGUGACGCUGGAAUUAGUGAGACCAAGGAAGCUACGAUUGUACUAUUUGACCACGAAGGAAAGGAAUACGGAGUAAUUGACACCAUAGGUAUUGCUGACACAGGCGUAGCAUUUGAUAAUGUAUUAGUGAUGAUAAUACAAGCUAUUCAUCAAGUUGAUUAUAAACUUGAUCAUAUUCUUUUUGUCACCGGAGGUAGAAUGACGAAUGAAGUGAUAGAUUCGUUUAAUCUGCUGAAGUCAGUAAUUUUUUGUGAUAAAGAUGAUGAAAAAGGGGAAUUUCUUCUCGAAAACUAUACCACUCUUGUAAGAACCAGAUUUUGUGGAUUUAAUGAUCAAGGUGAAUGCAGGGAGGAUACUCAUUCGAUGAUUACAGAAAGUACAGCAAUAAGUAUUAUGAUUAAUUCAUGUAAAGGAGGAACUCCUAUUUACGUAGAUAAUCCACCAAUAUAUGCUGAGUUAGACCAAAGGCUUGCUGAAGCAACUGAAAAGGGUGAUAAUGAGAAAGUGAAAGAAUUAAAAAAAAAAUUAGAUGAAAUAAAAGUUGAAAAAACCACAAAUAAAGAUAAACGAGAUAAAUCAAGAAAAAUUUUAUUAGACGGCCUUGAAAAAUCAGAAAAGAACCGAAAGAACCAAAAGAACCUCCCAAAGAAACCUUUUGAAGCAAAUGAAAUGCGAAAAUUUGGUACAGAAAUUAUCCCUUUGAUGAAUCAGAUAAAAAUAUUGGAAGAAAAGGAAAAAAAUAUUGAUGAUAAAGAUGAUAAAACGGAAGUAGAGUUAAAGAAAGCUUACACGAAAAAGAAAGAAGAUUUAGAGAAUGAUCUUCGUAAUAAGAUAGAAAAAUAUGCUGAUGAAAGGGUUGAAAAAGAAAAAGGUAAAGUUACGGUAGUUAAAAAUGACGGUAAUGAUAAAAAAAUGAAUGGUCAGGCUGCUUUAACUGCUGGAGCCGCUGGAACUGCAUUAAUAUCUAUUGGUGCAGUAUUUAUGAAUGCCUUCGUUCCUGGAUUAGGCAGUGGCCUGUCUGAAAUACUUAUCGGAUUAAUGAAACCCAAAUAAUCAAGAAAUCUAUUUUGUGAGAACCGUUUCAAGAUUGUUAACAAAAUGGAAACUAUCUCUGGAAGAUUUUCAUAUAUUAAUGAACUUAUAUUUAUUAUCAUUCUUUACCUUUAUUUUUAUAUUUCUUUUUGUUUUGGCUUAUA